AUGAAAGGCUUCAAAGUUGUCGAGCACCAGAUCCCGACGCAGCAUAUCCGCGAGUAUACCCAGGCAACCGCCAACACCCAGGAAGAUGUCCUUUACCUUCAAGCAAAGCAAUACAUCCCGCUCUCCAACCCGCAUCCGCAACGUGGAGAUGUUACGAUAUUGGCUGCUCACGCCAAUGCAUUGGCAAAGGAGCUGUACGAACCUCUCUGGGAGGAUCUCCUCGCCCAAUGCGAGCGCUACAGGUGGCGGAUACGAAGCAUUUGGAUCACCGACGUUGCUCACCAGGGCCAGAGUGGUGUCUUGAACGAGCAUCUCUUGGGCAACGAGCCCAGCUGGCACGACCAUGUCCGCGAUCUGCUGUUCAUGGUCAACCUCAAGCGGACGGAGAUGCCACGACCGAUUAUCGGCAUUGGUCAUUCGAUGGGAGGCAACCAACUCACCCACUUAUCGCUGAUGCACCCACGUCUCUUUUCGUCCCUCAUACUCCUCGACCCAGUCAUACAGGAGCGAUCAGCAGAAAUCGACCCUUCGCCCAAUGCGCCACCGAAUCUAGCUCAGCUCUCUACUUUCCGACGCGACCUGUGGCCAUCCCGAGACGAUGCAGCAGCAUCCUUCGCACGUUCCGCCUUCUACAAGCCCUGGGAUCCUAGAGUACUGGAGAAGUGGACUCAAUAUGGACUCCGGAAUGGCCCGACCCUGCUCCAGCCAGAAGCAAAGUCACCUCAAGUCACGCUCACAAGUACGCCAGGACAAGAGGUAUUCACAUAUUUGAGACCCAACUUCCAGGGCUUUGGUGUCAACGGCAAGCCGGUCGAUCGAUCAACGCACGCCGACCUGGAUCCAUCAAGACCGAAUCAGUACCCAUUCUACCGCAACGAGGCGCCGCAGAUCUAUGCUCGCCUGCCAGAAGUACGUCCGAGCGUCCUUUACGUCUUUGGGUCUACCUCUGGCGUCAGCAGCGAGAAAUCCGAUCAAGCGAAGGUCGACCGUACGGGGACCGGCGUUGGUGGAUCUGGUGGCGUGGCGGAGGGCAGGGUCAAGGGAGUCACUUUUGAGGGUGUGGGCCAUUUGAUACCUAUGGAGGCGGUCGAAAAGACUGCUUCGACUGUCGCCGACUGGGUCGGUACUGAGAUGGUCAGGUUCCGGGACGAAAUGGAAGUGUGGGAUGCGUGGCAGUCGAAGAGUCUGGUUCAAAAACAGGGGAUUGAUGAGACUUGGAAAAAGAUGAUAGGUGGCCGUCCCAGACGAGCAGGAAAGUUGUAG